CACAACGAGGACCAUCUCCAGCGUUUUGUAUGUUGUUUUUCAUGAGUUGUCGGGUGUCUCUGUCAGUCAUUCGGCUAGCCCUACCCCGCAAUCCGACUCCAAUAGCGAAGCCCGUGUCUCUGACUCUCCGAGCGAGCAGACUCUUAGUCCGUUUUAAUUUGGUCUCCAGCGUAUCAACAUUAACGUUAUUCAGCAUGCCCGAGCGGAGGCCCUUCGUGCGGUUGCCCACUGACGUUUACCCCGUCAACUACGGGCUGCGCCUCAAGCCCGACCUCGUCGACUUCACCUUCGAGGGCAAACUGGAGGCAGCCGUAGAGGUUACACAAGGGACAAACCAGAUUGUGAUGAACUGUGCUGAUAUAGACAUAAUUACUGCUUCUUUUGUGCCUGAUGGGGGGGAAGAAAUUAACGCUACGGGAUUUAACUAUCAGAACGAGGAUGAGAAGGUGACCCUAUGUUUUCCCAGCACUCUGCAAAAAGGUUCAGGAUCAUUGAAAAUAGACUUUGUCGGAGAGCUGAAUGACAAAAUGAAAGGCUUCUAUAGGAGUAAAUACUCUUCUUCGGGUGAAGUUCGCUAUGCUGCCGUCACACAGUUUGAGGCUACCGAUGCACGUCGAGCUUUCCCUUGCUGGGAUGAACCAGCUAUCAAAGCCACUUUUGACAUCACGCUCAUCGUCCCAAAGGACAGAGUAGCCUUGUCGAAUAUGAAUGUUGUUGAUCGAAAGCCAUAUGCAGAGGAUCAGAGUCUGGUAGAGGUGAAGUUUGCCACAACACCCAUCAUGUCCACCUACCUAGUGGCGUUUGUCAUUGGCGAGUAUGACUUUGUGGAGAGUCAGUCGUCAGAUGGUGUGACAGUCCGAGUGUAUACUCCUGUUGGAAAGGCAGAGCAAGGGAAAUUUGCACUAGAGGUUGCCACAAAGACCCUUCCGUUCUACAAAGAUUAUUUCAGUGUUCCUUAUCCGUUGCCUAAAAUUGAUCUAAUUGCUAUUGCUGAUUUUGCUGCUGGUGCCAUGGAAAACUGGGGCCUUGUUACUUACAGGGAGACAGCGCUGUUGAUUGACCCAAAGAAUUCGUGUGCAUCGUCCCGCCAGUGGGUCGCUCUUGUAGUCGGUCAUGAACUAGCACAUCAGUGGUUCGGGAACCUAGUUACCAUGGAAUGGUGGACCCAUUUAUGGCUUAAUGAAGGCUUUGCAUCUUGGAUUGAGUACCUCUGUGUGGACCACUGUUUCCCUGAAUACGACAUCUGGACCCAGUUUGUAUCUGCUGAUUACACCAGGGCUCUGGACCUGGAUGCGUUAGAUAACAGCCACCCUAUUGAGGUUGAUGUCGGACACCCUUCUGAAGUGGAUGAAAUAUUCGAUGCCAUAUCAUACAGCAAAGGGGCCUCUGUGAUUCGCAUGCUGCAUAACUACAUUGGCGAUGAGGAUUUUAGAAAGGGAAUGAAUGCUUACCUUUUAAAGUUUCAGCACAAAAAUGCAUCUACUGAGGACCUAUGGGAAUGUUUGGAGCAAGCAAGUGGAAAGCCUAUUGCUGCAGUGAUGAAUUCCUGGACCAAACAAAUGGGCUUCCCUAUUAUUGUAGUGGAUCAAGAGCAGCAUGGCAGUGACCGUGUGCUGAAAAUCUCUCAGAAGAAGUUCUGUGCUAGCGGACCACGUAAUGAUGAGGACUGCCCCAACUGGAUGGUUCCCAUCAGCAUCUGCACUAGUGAGGACCCGAGCUGCACUAAGACAAAGAUUCUGCUGGACCAGCCUGAAACCACAGUUAACGUUACCAAUGUUGCACCUGACCAUUGGAUCAAGAUUAAUCCAGGAACUGUGGGAUUCUACAGGAUUCAGUACAGCUCCGCCAUGCUGGAGAGUUUGCUGCCUGGUAUCCGGGACCUCACACUGCUGCCUGUGGACCGUCUGGGUCUGCAGAACGACCUCUUCUCCUUGGCUCGAGCAGGUAUGAUCAGUACUGUGGAGGUGUUGAAGGUGAUGGAAGCAUUUGUGAAUGAGCCAAACUACACGGUGUGGAGUGACCUGAGCUGUAAUCUGGGUGUUCUGUCCUCUCUGCUCUCACACACUGACUUCCACGAGGACAUCCAGGAGUUCAUCCGAGAUCUCUUUACCCCCAUCGGCAUGAAGCUGGGAUGGGACAGCAGAACCGGAGAGGGUCACCUGGAUGCCCUGUUGCGGGGUCUGGUGCUGGGGAAGCUGGGUAAAGCGGGGCACAAGGCCACUCUGGAGGAGGCCCGGCGGAGAUUCAGAGAGCAUGUGGAGGGUAAACAGAUCCUGUCUGCAGACCUCAGGAGUCCAGUGUAUCUAACAGUUUUGAAGCACGGAGACAGCACGACGCUUGACACCAUGCUGAAGCUUCAUAAACAGGCAGACAUGCAGGAGGAGAAGAACCGCAUUGAGAGAGUGCUGGGAGCCAUUCCUGCCCCUGACCUCAUCCAGAGGGUUCUUAACUUUGCCCUGUCGGAGGAGGUUCGUCCUCAGGACACCGUGUCUGUAAUCGGGGGUGUCGCUGGAAGCAGCAAACAGGGCCGCAAAGCCGCGUGGAAAUUCGUAAGGGACAACUGGGAAGAACUUCACAACCGUUAUCAGGGUGGCUUCCUCAUAUCAAGACUCAUCAAGCUGACAGUGGAUGGGUUUGCAAUAGAUAAAAUGGCUGCUGAAGUUAAGAGUUUCUUUGAAAGUCAUCACGCGCCAGCAGCUGAGCGCACGGUACAACAGUGCUGUGAGAACAUCCUCCUGAAUGCCGCCUGGCUGAAGAGAGACGCAGACGACAUCCACCAGUACCUGCUUCAGCGGAAAACGCCACCCGUCUGACCUGAACUCUGACCUCAUGACCUCCCUGACCUGCUCACUCACUCCAAAAUGAGCAUCAUCUGGCUACUUUCAGCAAAAAAAAUACAAAAAAACAGAAAUGAUUACAAAACUGCAAUUUCAUCUUAACAAUUACCCAAGAGUCUAUCAAGAGAAGCCUAGGAAACCAGACUGUUAUUCACUCCCGAGUGUGACGUAGUUCCCCAUUCUGCCAGCGGGAGGCGCCAGAGCUGCGACUGAAGCGAUUCUCCAUGUUAUUUUUAUGAGCUGUUAAUGCAUGUACGCACACACACACGUCGUCACGUCAGUAUAACGCUCCUUUCACGCAGUGGUAUUAUAACGCAAACAUUUCUCUUUUCUUUACAUUCGAAACAAAAACAAGCAUGAUGUUGAUAUGCUCAAUUUUUAAGUUUGUUUGUGUUUUUUGUUCUGUACAAAUGACAACCUCCUCCUCCUGUUUUAUUAGUGAUGGCUGUAUAACGCAUUUUACCCAGAAUCUUCCGGCGGCGCGGAUGAGCGGCAGAAUGGGGGUUAAAGGUCGAGCUGCACUGGUAAUCGAAGGGACUCAAUGGUAACGGCUCUAAAUCCCAUUGGUUAGUAAUGGUUAGGACUGAAGACGCAUAAGCAUGGUACUCUGUGUAUAUUGUAAACCGCGAACAUUAGUUCUCAGACCUUCAAUUAAUCUGAAAUGUGAGUAUAUAUACAUACAACUUCUCUGUUCUUCGCCCUUGUCUCCUGUACGUCACAGUCAUCUGUUUUAACACCUCCAGAAAUCGAUGAAAUGGAGGAUAAACAUCAUUCGCAUCUGACAUGAUAAUACACAAAGCUCUUAGAUGAACUUUUUUAUAUAAGAUCUGUUUGAUUAAUAUCGUUUUUGAAGUCAAUUAUGGCAUUUGAGACUUUAAAAAGUAAUCAUGAUUCAACCGGGUUUCAAAAUGGAGGCCUUAAAUUUAAGCUGAUUUGGUUAAAUGAUCAAUGGUGUUUGUGACAAACAGAUAACAGCGGGCUCACGUUAAACACAUCCGACUUUCUGAUUUGGCGUCAAACGCGGGAUUCGUGAUCAUCAGAUUCUGUCUCUGAACUUUCCCUGAAAUGUGCUUUUGUUUUAAAAUACAAUUGAUGUUCAUUAAAGAAGAUGAGAAAUAAGACGGGCACAGCUGCAUUGUAGGAAUGCUGUGGUGGAUUUGUACGUUGACUCUUCAUGCUCUUAUGUUUGUGUGCAUUUUUGUACUAUACACGGAUAAACAUGUAUACCUUAAGUGUAGAUCGCGCCCUAGACGUUCAUAUGAUGUUUAAAAAAACAACAACAUAUCACUUUGAGUACAAAUGUAAAUAAUGAUUUCCAAUAAUGUGCAGCAGGUACAGUAGGAGGAAAGAUAGGGACUUAUCCGCUUUACAAAUGCUUGGUUUUGAGAGACUGAAGUAUAUAAUGAUGAUGAUGAUGCACAGGGUUGAUUUUGUGAGCUUGUGUUCACUGUGCGACAUGCAGAAUGAAUUUGCUGAAUGAAUUUUAACAGCAGACAAUAGUGUGACCGAUUUCACAAGGUUUUCUUUGCAUAAUUGCUCAAGACUACGUGGUGACUAGGGAAUAAAGAAAGUCACUGAUGCAAGAGAGAGAACUUGUGCAACGGACUGCUUCCGUUUAUAAACGUAUUAAAACUUUUAAACUA